AUGAGCCCUAGAGUCUCCGCUGUUUACCGGAACGCAAAUGUUGCUACUCCUAAUAUUUGGUCAAAACCAAGCUCAUUGCAAAAUGUAGAACAUAGAAGCAGUAUGGGAAAAAAGCCUGACCCUGCUCCUCCUCAUGUGUUAAUCUUCCCUUUCCCUGCCCAAGGCCAUAUUAAUUCCAUGCUUAAGCUAGCCGAGCUUCUUGCAUUCUCUGGUCUAAAGGUCACCUUUCUCAACUCUGAUUACAACCAUGAACGUCUAGUCCGAUACACUAAUAUUCAAGCCCGUUUGUCUAAGUAUCCUGCAUUCCACUUACACUCUAUUUCCGAUGGUCUCCCUGCUGACCACCCACGAUCAGGUGACCGAAUGAUGGAGAUGUUUGAGUCGCUGAAGCUGAUGUCUAAGUCAUUCUUUAAAGAUUUGUUAACUGGAAUUCGGCCAGGAGUCGAUUGUAUCAUUGGGGAUGGAAACAUGGGGCUUUUUGUUGACAUUGCUACUGAAUUUGAUGUUCCAGUCAUUCAUUUUCGUACAAUUAGUGCUUGUUGCAUCUGGGCAUCUUUAUCUCUGCCUCAAGUCAUUGAAGCGGGUGAACUUCCUAUUAGAGCUGAAAGUAGCAAGCCAUUAACUCUCCAGCUGCAAUUCACAACUAGCUUCCUACAAGCAAAAAUGGAAAUCGGGUCAAAUCCUCCUCCUCCUCUUCUUCAUGUCCUAAUCUUUCCUCUCCCUGCCCAAGGCCAUGUCAUCUCCAUGCUCAAGCUAGCCGAGCUUUUAAGCCUCGCCGGCAUUAACAUCACCUUCCUAAAUUCCGAGUACAACCAUGAACGUCUAUUCCGUUACACAAAUAUUCAAGAUCGUUUUAUGAAAUAUCCCGGAUUCCGAUUCCAGACCAUAACUGAUGGUCUGCCUGUAGAUCACCCGCGCUCAGGUGGCCAGUUCAUGGAGAUAGUUGACUCAAUUAAGUUGAUUACUAAGCCAAUCUUCAAGAAGAUGUUGCUUGAGACUAUGCCACCAGUUAACUGUAUCAUAGUAGAUGGGGUUUUUGGAUCUAUUGGUGAUGUUGCCAUUGAGGUUGGAAUUCCUAUAAUUUAUUUUCGUACCAUUAGUGCAUGUUCUUUCUGGGUUUAUUUUUCGAUUAUCGACAUCAUUGAAGCUUGUCAGCUUCCUAUCAGAGGAAAUGAAGAUAUGGACCGUCUCAUAGCCAAAGUACCAGGGAUGGAAACUUUUCUCAGGUGCCGAGAUCUCCCUGGUUUUUGCCGAGUCAGUGACAUGACAGACCCGAAUCUCUUAACGAUCAUUAACGAGACACGAAAAUCCCCUCAAGCACAAGCACUCAUCCUCAACACAUUCGAAGACCUUGAAGGACCAAUAUUGUCUCAAAUACGCACUCAGUGCCCCAAAAUCUACAGCGUUGGACCUCUCCACGAGCAUUUAGAAGCAAAGCUUAGCUUGAAAAAUGAAGAAUCGUGUCAAUCCUCCAACAGUCUUUGGGAAGUGGACAGGAGCUAUAAGAGGGAGGAGUUUGCGAGAUCAGCGGCUAGGAUGGCAGAGUUGGCUAGAAAGAGUGUCAGAGAAGGUGGUUCCUCUUAUUGUAAUUUGAACCGGUUGAUUAGCGAUAUAAGGUUGAUGAGUGUGCGAGGACGUGAUAUCUGA